CACUGAUCUUGCCACACAGACACUGGCCGGCACCCAGAGCAUGGCUCAGGAUGGCCAGGCUCCAUUUCUGGCAAUGCAUACUGCUGCCACAUGCACCAUGCCACUCUUUGCAAUGGGUUUUGUUUUAUCCUAGUAUCAGAUUUUGGCAUUGCGCUGCAAACAACUGAAUGUUCACUGCUUGUGGCUUGCAGCGCCGCAGACCACACGUGCACAUCUGUCUGGGUGCGCCCAGUGAGAUUGGGUCACGUUCCUCAAUGAUUAGUCCUAGAACUGUAAUUUUGGAAGGGAGCCCCUAGGUUCUUACUGGCAUAUGGCACCGGUCCUUGCCAUUAGUUGACUGCAAAAGCAGCACCAAGUAGAAAUAUUUGGGGAAUCAUCAGCAUUUAUUAUUAAUCAUAUGUAUAUCGUGUUAGUUGCUUGUGUCCCUUUUUAUACUCCAAGAUGGACAUUGUGUGCUAAGGAAAUGGGAAGAGUAGUAUCACUUGAAGUUGUAAAGAAAACUUCCUGCGGGAACGCACUCAACCCUGGCUUGGCCUGCUUUCCCAGACAGCACUGUAUUCACCUCAACUUCAUGGUGUUUUUAACCUAGGAGAGACCCGGUUGUUGGCAGCAGCAGGAUGAAGUCGCCUCCCUGCUGCAUGUCCCUUUCUUCCCAAGCAUCCCUAGAGGAGCAAAGGGAUACCACUUCACUGGGUUCCUUGGAGUCCAGCGUCUUCUACAGUGAGGAAGAGCAGGGGCCCUUGCUACAGAAGGUUGUGCCCUCCUUGGACUGUUUCACUAUCAAUGUGGGAGGCAGCCGCUUUUUGAUGUCCCAGCAAACUUUGUCCUGCUAUCCAGACACACGGCUUGGCAAGUUGGCUGUAGUUGUGUCUGCUGCCCGGGAUGUAGCUUCUGGCCUCCUAGAGCUCUGUGAUGAUGCCAACCUGGUAGAGAAUGAGUAUUUCUUUGACCGCAGUUCACAGGCAUUUCUCUACAUCCUGAAUUAUUACCAGACAGGAAGAUUGCAUGUGAUGGAGCAGCUGUGUGCACUCUCCUUCCUACAAGAGAUCCAGUACUGGGGGCUAGAUGAGCUGAGUAUCGACUCCUGCUGCAGAGACAGAUACUUCAGGAGGAAGGAACUGAGUGAAACCUUAGAUAUCAAGAAAGAUACAGAAGAUCUGGAUGCCCAAGAUGAAGAAGAGGACUUCUCUGGGAGCCUCUGUCCCAGUGUGAGGCAGAGGCUUUGGGAGGUUCUUGAAAAGCCUGGCUCUUCUGUGGCUGCUAGGACUUUCGGUACCCUUUCUAUGGCCUUCGUUGUUGUGUCAAUUGCCAACAUGGCCUUGAUUUCAGUGGAACUGAGCUGGCUGGCACCACCGCUCCUGGAUGCCCUGGAGUAUUUGUGCAUUGCCUGGUUCACAGUGGAAUUCUUACUGAGAUUCCUGUGCACAAGGGAUCGGUGCCGCUUCCUGAGAAGUGUUGCAAACAUCAUAGACCUCUUAGCCAUUUUACCCUUCUACAUCACUCUGCUGGUAGAAAGCCUGUGUGAUGGGGAGAGCUCUGAAGAGCUGGAGAAUAUGGGGCGCAUCAUCCAGGUGCUGAGGCUGCUCAGAGCCCUACGCAUGUUGAAGCUGGGUAGACAUUCAACAGGCUUGAGAUCUCUUGGAAUGACUAUUGCACAGUGCUAUGAAGAAGUUGGACUACUGCUGCUUUUUCUCUCUGUGGGAAUAUCUAUAUUUUCCACCAUAGAGUACUUUGUUGAACAAGCUAUCCCUGGCACAACUUUCACAAGUGUUCCCUGUGCAUGGUGGUGGGCAACAACUUCUAUGACAACUGUUGGCUAUGGUGAUAUUAGACCAGACACUACCAUUGGCAAGGUAGUGGCCUUUAUGUGCAUAUUAUCAGGAAUAUUAGUCUUGGCUUUACCAAUAGCUAUAAUAAAUGACCGUUUUUCUGCCUGUUACUUUACACUAAAGAUAAAGGAAGCUGCUUUUCGACAACGUGAGGCUUUGAAGAAACUCACAAAGAACACAUCCAGUGACUCGAAUAUCAAUGUUAAUUUGCGAGACAUAUACGCUCGCAGUAUCAUAGACAUAUUACGGUUAAAAAGCAGAGAACGGGCAAGUACUAGAAGCAGUGGUGGAGAUGAGUUUUGGUUUUGACUUGAAUUUAUAAAAUCAUGUUUAACAUAUGGACUACUUUGAAGGUGUAAUAUUAAACAGUAGGUCAACUGUCAUUUUAUAUUAUUCACUCUUAAUGCAUUUGCUAUCCAAACUGCAGUUUUAUCUUCUUGGUAAUAUUAAGAUAAACCAUGUAGACUGAAGGCAAAACUCAAACUAGAAAUGCUCAGGGGGCUUUGAAACCCAAGUUUCAGAACUAGAUCUUCAGAUGGACAAAAAGCAUAAUGGACCUGUCAAAGUAGAAUUAUGAUAGAAAUAUUUGUCUAUGAAUUUGAUGUUCUUGCUAACAUAAUAAAAAAGUCUUAGCCCACAA